UUCCAAGAGAACAAUACAAAUAACAAAAAGCAUUUAAGAAUUCAAUUUAGUUUAAUAAAAGUAACAAAUUAAAAAAAUAAAUAAAAAUGUCUUGCAUACUAUGUCUAGUUGAAUCAUCCGAUCAUAUUGUUCUUUUAUCGCCCGAAGGAAUUACACAACAAAUCGAGCUAUUAAUGAAAAAAUAUAUGAAUUUUGAGCAAUUUGUUACAACUGAUAAACACAGUUAUAUAUGCAUUCAAUGCUGGCAGGCAAUUACGGCGUUUCAUGAAUUUUACACACGUAUAGAAUCCAUACAUAACAUCUUGAAAGACUCAAAAAUUGAAUGUGAUGAACCAAUAGAAUCAGAAAAGAUACAACCCAUAGAUUAUGUAUACAUUAAAGAAGAACAUCAUGAAGAUUCGGAUAGUAUUAACUAUGAAGAAAAAAAUCCAUUAACGUACGACUCGCAAGCCAAAGCACACAAUACAACGGAUACUAAUAUAGCUGUCAUUAAAAAAACUGCAUGCAGAAAAUCUACAAGGAAAUCUGUACCAAUGAAAUUAACACCAAUUAAUGUCGAAAAGCUUAUUUCAAAAGAGAGAAUAAUUACAAACGAAAUGAUUACUUCUGUAGACAACGUAGACAAAAUUUCUACAAAAAAUAAUGAAAACGUAACAAAUAAAAAAAAUGAUAACAUCACCAAUAUGUUUAAUGUUUGCGAAGCUUCACACUUAAAUACAUCUGAACUAGAAUCAAAUUAUGAUAUAAAUUUAGUACACAAAGACAAAACAACAAAAGCAUGUAAAAAAGCGGAUAAAGUAGAUGAUUUUAUAAAUGCAAAUUUUACUCUAACUUGUAGUCUUUGUACCGUACAAUGCCGUACAUUUGCUCUUCUCAAAGGACAUUUUAGGAAAACACACAAUUGCCAAGGAUACGUUCUGUGUUGUGAAAAAAAAUUUCCAAAACGUUGCCUUCUCGUCGAUCACAUAAAUGUACAUAAAAAUUCUGAUUACUUUAAAUGUGAUGAUUGUAAAAAAAGUUUUGCAAGUCGGUACUGUCUGGAAAUUCACUCAAGAGUGCAUAAAAGCCGUCCACGAAUCUACAAAUGCAACAAUUGUUCCAAGAGUUUUUUCAGUCAACCUGUGUAUAUGCGUCAUAUGCAUUUGCAUGCCACAGAUGAAGAAAAGAAAUUCUCCUGUGCAGAAUGUGGUGAAAGAUUUUUUUCAAAAUAUAAUAUGGAACAGCAUUUAAAAUGUGUACAUACUGAUUUACAUGUUCAAGUAUGUGAGCAUUGUGGAAAAUCUAUAAGAGGGCUCGGAACUUUACGACAACAUAUGGAAUUGCACAUUUAUAAAAAUUCACCUAUACAAUGCAAAGAAUGUGGUAUUAAAGUUACUACAAAAUACGGAUUAACAAGACAUAUAAGAAAAAUUCACUCUAUUGAAAAUAAUCAAAAAACAACUUGUGAUAUAUGCUUUAAAGUAUCUCCUAGUAUAUCUGCACAUAAAUAUCAUAUGGACUAUAUGCACAAGGCAAAACGUAAACAUAUAUGCAAUAUAUGCGACAAAGCAUUUAAAAGAGCAAUUACUUUAAAGGAACAUAUGACAACACAUAAUGGUGGUACGCUUUACACAUGUUCACAUUGCCCCAAAACAUUUAAUUCCAGAGCUAAUAUGUAUUCACAUAGAAAAAAAGUACAUAGAGAAGAGUGGGAGCAAAUGCAUUUAGAAAAAUCAAAUCAGUCAUCAGUCAUUAACAAACAGAUAUAAAAAAAAA